AUGGCUUCAGAAAACCAUAGCCAAGAAAAUGGUGUCCAAAAUGUUAUGGAAGUGGCUCAAGUCGCAGUGGUGAUGGUGCCUCUUCCGGCACAAGGCCAUCUCAACCAGCUUCUUCACUUCUCCCGCCUCGUCUCUGCCUAUGACAUACCAGUCCACUUCGUCGGCACAGCCACACACAACCGCCAGGCGAAGGUUCGAGUCCAUGGUUGGGACCCUUCAGCCACAACCAAUAUUCAUUUCAUUGAUUUGCCAACACCUCCAUUCGACAGCCCUCUCCCUGAGCCCAAUGCCACCACUAAAUUUCCCUCGCAAGUCCUUCCAGCCUUUCAUGCAUCAAUACAUCUGCGUGAGCCUGUUUACUCAUUCGUACACGAACUUUCGAGCACAGCCAGAAGAAUAGCUGUGAUUUAUGACUCUUUAAUGGCUUAUGCUGUUCAGGACAUAUGUUCUAUACCAAAUGCUGAAUCCUAUUGUUUUAAUAGUAUAUCGGCUUUCUCUUUAUACUCGUUUUACUGGGAAGUUAAUGGAAAACCUGCUGAUCAAGCUCUGGAAUCCUAA